AUGCGUUUCGGAAAGGGCGGCGCCAGCAGCACCACUACUUAUACUGCCAUCGGUCCCUCACAAUAUCACUGGCGGCCUGGAUUGCAGCACCUCCCCUUCAAAGGACUUGGGGCGCUGCUUCUGGCGCUGGCGGGAGUCGUCGUUUCGAUUGCCAUCUUGCUGGCUUCCAACGGCGCCGACGUGAGACGAUGGAGAUUCCAGCCAACGGUAUACCUUUCCAUCGCUUCAACCCUCACCAACGUCACUAUAACCUUCGCGCUUCUAGAAGGAGUCACUAUUGCUUGGUGGCACAGAGCUUUGAAGGGAGGAACCACAGUGGGAGACUUGCACCGCAUCUGGGCAUUUGGCAACAGCUUUCUCUUGGCUGCCUGGAGCGGUCGCCAUUUCAAUCUGAUUGCACUGGCAAGUAUCCUUGUGGCGCUUACUCCAAUCAAUGGCCCUCUGCUGCAGCGGGCCUCGACACUCAGUAACGCUACUGUGACGGCGCAGCAAGACCUUGAUCUCCAAGUCAAUCAUCUGGUACCUCGAGGUUUCACGGCCAUUGUGUCUGGUCGAGGGGACGAGGUGAAUAUGCUGACCACCAACUUCUCUCCCAUAGCACGAGGAUACUACAACCGAGCACCUAUUAAUCUGCAAUCUGGUUGCACGGGGACAUGCCGGACAAGCAUACUCGGAGCGGGCUUCCACACGAACUGCUCGUCCUAUCGAGUCCCGUUCAAUGUGACUCCGAUCUUCGAAACGGAUGGUAGUAUCAUCUUCCCGAACCCUGUGGUAUUUGGCGCGAACAUCCUUUUCGACGUCGGCGAGAACCCGACCACUGCGAGUUUGAAUGUGCAAUACAAACCUGACCCGGGAUGCGCCGGAGAACUAUCGAUAACGAACUGCACUCUCCGGGCAGGCACGGUGCUCUAUCCCGUCAUCAUCGACGGCGUUGCAUCUACCGUCACAUUCGAUACAGGCAGUAGCAUUUGGGACGACGUCGCUGUGGGAAAUCCAGAUUCUCUCCCGGGGGAAACCCAUUUAACGGGCACGACUACCUACGGGGGGAUCUUCCUGGCGCUGGCGAACCAAUAUAACACCGACCUUUCAUUUAGCUUCGGCGGCGCCAUUGGCUACCAAUUCGAGGGCGCGCAAAGCGAAGCCUCGAUCGCCUAUGCUCGGGGGAUCGAGCAGCAGCCUUCUUGCGAUGUCUAUUUCACCGACCCGCUAGCCGAUUUCCUCGCCGGGGCACGAGAGCUCAUUUUCCGCACGGCAGUGGCGGCGGCAAACAGUUCCAACACACAACACGUCAAUGCGCAGGCUUUUGGGAACCAUACGGUCUACCAGACCGACUACCUCUUCAUGGCGCUGGCCACCCUUGCAUCUCUGCUGGGUAUAUUUUCCGUCCUUUGCACCUUCCAUGGCUCCUGGGAAAUUGGCCGUCGAGUGUCGAUGAGCCCUGUUGAGACGGCCAAGGCGUUCAACGCGCCUCUGCUGCGGAGCUCGGACUCCAAUGCCUCGGCAGAGACGCUGCUCAAACAGGUCGGCCACAGGCCGGUGAAAUAUGGCCUCGUCAGUGACGUGCGAAGUGGCGGAGAAUCGACCAUUUCCCACGACGAGGAUGCCUAUCGUGAUACUCCCUACAACAGCGGCGGGUUAGACGCCGCCUACUCACCGCACCCGUCACGACGAUAUACGGCCUUCCAAAACCCCUCCGGCAGCGACUUUGAGUUGUUGAGUCCUCAGCAAGGUGCUGGGGUCGCAAAUGUUCGGUUGGAACUGGCCGAUCCGAAGAAGAUUACGCCCUUGUAA